UCUCGUCUUCUCGCUUCCUCUCUCUGUCCGCGUUUACAGAACCAUUGAUUUUAGGGUUUGUGAUUUUUCGGAUCAAGAACAAAGGAAAAUGCUUGCUGUUUUCGACAAAUCGGUUGGCAAGUGUCCCGAAGCUCUUCAGAGCCCGCAUUCGGAGUCGGUCUGUGCACUGAAAGAUGGGUUUCUGGCUCAACACUUCUCCUCCGUACACCCUGGUGCGGUGACCAUCAACCUCGGUUCUGCAGGUGUCGUGGCCUACUCCAUCGACAAACAGAACCCUCUCCUCCCAAGAUUGUUUGCUGUUAUGGACGACAUGUUCUGCUUGUUUCAAGGCCACAUCGAGAAUGUUGCUCAUCUUAAGCAACAAUAUGGAUUAAACAAGACAGCAAAUGAAGUGAUUAUUGUCAUGGAAGCUUACAGAACUUUGAGAGAUAGAGGUCCUUAUCCUGCAGAUAAGGUUGUGAGAGAUUUCCAUGGAAAAUAUGCAUUUAUUCUCUAUGAUAGCUCUUCAAAAGCUGCAUUCAUAGCUGCUGAUGCUGAUGGGAGUGUCCCCUUCUUCUGGGGAACUGAUUCUGAAGGCCAUCUUGUUCUUUCAGAUGAUGCAGAGACAGCGAAGAAAGGCUGUGGAAAAUCCUUUGCACCAUUUCCCAAAGGGUGCUUCUUUACAACCUCUGGAGGCUUGAGGAGCUUUGAGCACCCUCUUAAUGAGUUGAAGCCAGUUCCGAGGGUGGACAGUUCAGGCCAGGUGUGCGGUGCAACUUUCAAGGUGGAUGAGGAGUCUUCCCGGAAGGAAACUGGCAUGCCUAGGGUUGGGAGUGCUGCAAACUGGUCUCAAAACUACUGACCAUAUAACAUCUCUAUUAUGGCAAGGUCUUUGUUAUUAGUUGGCCUUCCAUCUGUUCAUUUUUCAUGCUUAGCUCUUGAUGACUGCUGCUUUGAUGGAAACUUUAUGUUUGGAGGAACUAGUAUAAGAAGUAAACUGAGACGCGCUUAAUGUGGGCUAUACACAAUGCUUACUGUUUCAUUUCAUUCUGAUACGUCAAACUCAAAAGACUUUUUUAGGGCCCCAAAACAUAUUGAAUGGAAUAAUACUACUUUUCAUAUAGUCUUA